CGUACUUCCUGGUUACGGUGCUGUUUGCUCCAUGAGGGCCUGUUUCUGUCUGCAGACUCUGCUGCUUCACAGAGGGCUGGGCAGUUUAUUGAUUCAUUUUUUUGACCCAGGAAUGAUCCACUUGUCACUGCGGCGCUUCUGGAUCGGCCACAUUCGUCUAGCACUCGCUCUCUUCGGAUUGCCUCGUCACAUUUGCGCGGUGGAAGUUCGACCAUCAGCCAUCUCCUACUCACUUGACAAUCGCUACAGAGCUUGUCAGUUUUAUUCUACCCCAAAAUAUCACUGUUACACCACCGGGCAUCCUAUCAUCAUGACAUCUUCAGGUGUGCCUCAUGUGAAAUCCAGAUGCCCCCAGUACCCAGGGUCUCAGGUGAAGCGAUUCCCAGUGCCAGAUGACAAGGUGCAGUGGAGUCAGAACUGGCCAGAGUACAGCCCUGUCAGCCACACCAAUCCUGCUGUCACCAAAAAGCCAAAAUGGGCAGAUCCUGAAAUUGGGACGUUUUCCCCUAAAUUCAAUGCCUUGGAUGGUGAUGUUGACCGCAGAAGUUUUGAAGGAAACUACAGAGUGGAAAGUGGAAAGCCUCUAAACCCCAGAGGGCGCACAGGGGUAACAGGCAGAGGUCUGCUUGGGCGCUGGGGGCCAAAUCAUGCUGCAGACCCCAUCGUCACAAGAUGGAAAGUGGAUGCAAAAGGAGCCAAAAUGACACAUGCAGUUUCCAAACGUCCCAUUCUGCAGUUUGUGUCAAUCAAGAGGAAGGACUGUGGCGAGUGGGCCGUACCUGGGGGUAUGGUCGACCCAGGGGAGCAGAUUUCACUCACAUUGCAGCGAGAAUUCUCUGAAGAAGCUCUAAACUCCCUGGAAAUCUCACCAUCAGACAAGACUGGACUGCAUGAGCGUAUAACCAAGCUCUUUAGCUCAGCCGGACUUGAGGUUUACAAAGGCUAUGUAGAUGAUCCAAGAAACACAGACAACGCCUGGAUGGAAACUGUAGCGGUCAGCUUCCAUGAUGAGUCAGGUAAUAGUGUGAGUGAGCUGCCCCUACAGGCGGGGGACGAUGCUGGACAAGUGCAGUGGGUGGAUGUUGACUCGUCCUUCCCACUCUAUGCCAGCCAUUCUUCUUUCCUGGAGCGAGUGGCAAAAGAGAGGAAGGCUCACUGGUAGCUGAUUUAGUUGAAUGAUGUUUUUACAUUUACCCAAAUAUAUGUAUAUGUUGUUCUCAAGUUAAUUUCAAUUCUAAAUGAAGUUUCUUUCAUUUUCAAUUACCUCAGUAAAAAAGCAAGUUCAUUAGCACUGAAACAGACUUGACUUGGUGACUGCUAAAUCACUGUCCAGUUUGGAAGCACUGUUUUGUUUGUUUUUUUGUUUUUUUUUCACCAAGCGUGCAAUAUAUUAUUAAUUGUAAAAAAAAAAAAAUCACAGUUUAACCAUUUACCAAUGCACUGUACAAGUAUUGGCCGUUCAGAUAAUUUGUUCUGAUGCGGGUAUAGCCUAUCAAUCGCACUGUAUAAGAUUCUGAGGAAGACAUUGUAUAUAAUUAUCAGUCAAAUUGUAAGCUUUACUAAGCACUUGCUGAAGUUAUAUUUAAAUUCACAUCUCUGUAUAUCCGUCUCUGAUGCAUGCCAUGAAUCCAUCCAACCAUUAUUUGCACUAAUUGUAUAGCAUAAAUUUCUUGCCAUGUGCCUCUGAUUUUAAAUAAAUAUUCUUUAAAAUUGGAGUAAAA